UUCACACGCGCUGCUCCUUUUUCUCCUCGAGGGGAAUCAGCUUCAGUAACAGGACACGAAUCUAUUUAUAACCAGCCAGCAAACCCGGGAUCAUGGACCCGCUCUACAACAGCACCGAGUUUAUUAACGGCUCCGGCGGGACGAACGGCUCCGUUAACGGCUCCAGCGACGGCUUCAACCAGUUCGUGCAGCCGGUGUGGCAGAUCACCCUGUGGGCCGUGGCGUACUGCAGCAUCGUGGCGGUGUCCGUGGUCGGGAACGUGGUGGUGAUCUGGAUUAUUCUGGCGCAUAAACGCAUGAGGACCGUCACCAACUACUUUCUGGUGAACUUGGCGUUCGCUGAGGCCGCCAUGUCGGCGUUCAACACAGUCAUCAACUUCGCCUACGCCGUCCACAACGAGUGGUACUUCGGUUUGGUUUACUGCCGCUUCCACAACUUCUUCCCCAUCGCAGCGAUAUUCGCCAGCAUCUACUCCAUGACGGCCAUCGCCCUCGACAGAUACAUGGCGAUCAUCCACCCUCUGCAGCAGCGGCUGUCGUCCACAGAGAGCCGGGUGGUGAUGGCUGUGAUCUGGAUGCUGGCUCUGCUGCUCGCCUUCCCUCAGUAUUACUUCUCGGCCACGACGCUGCUGCCGGGACGCACCGUCUGCUUCAUCGACUGGCCCGAGUACUCCGUCGUGGACUACAAGAAGAUAUAUUACGUGUGUGUGACGGUGCUGAUCUACUUCCUGCCGCUCUGCAUCAUGGGGUGUGCGUACACCAUCGUGGGAGUCACGCUGUGGGCGAGCGAGAUCCCCGGAGAACUCUCCGAACACUACAAAGAGCAGCUGAUCGCCAAACGCAAGGUGGUGAAGAUGAUGAUCGUGGUGGUGUGUACGUUUGCGCUCUGCUGGCUGCCCUACCACGUCUACUUCCUGCUGCACCAGUUCUUCCCCGACCUGUUCGAGCAGCGCUACAUCCAGCAGGUGUACCUGGCCGUCAUGUGGCUCGCCAUGAGCUCCACCAUGUACAACCCCAUCAUCUACUACUGCCUCAACAGCCGGUUCAGAGCAGGUUUCCAGCAGGUGUUUUGCUGCUGCGCUCCCACCGUCGCCAAAGAGGCGCUGGAGCUCAAAUCACCACGCUACCUGCAGACACAGGUGAGCAUCUACCGGGCGAGCCGGAUGGAGACGGUGGUGUCCAUCAGCGUGCAUCCUGCAGCAGCUGAGCUGAAGAGCGGCGAGCUGCCGUCCUGCAGCCCCAACAGCCACGAGAACGUCACGUCCAACGGCUCAGAGACGUUCACCAAGAGCGCCACCGGCCCGCCUCAGUGACAGACGCCACUGGGUGGAGGACG